CAAGGGAGGAGACACAGGCCCGUGGACGGCGAUGCGCGCUCCCGAUAAUAAACCUCUGACGCCUUCAUCCGGGAACUACUACGAACUCGCUCUCCAACAUGGCGGCGUCAGCUAAGAAGAAGAAUAAGAAGGGGAAGACCCUCACUUUGACUGACUUCCUUGCGGAGGACAGUGGAGGCAGCAAUGUAGCCCCCAGCUACCCAACCAAGUCCACAAGCUGGGCAGAUGAGACUGACGAUUUGGACGGAGAUGUUUCAACUUCCUGGCACACGGAGGAGGACACGUACAGGGCACCACCCAUUGACCGCUCCAUCCUGCCCACAGCACCUCGCUCAGCCCGUGAGCCCAAUAUUGACCGGUCCAGGCUCCCCCGCAGCCCGCCAUACACCGCCUUUCUGGGAAACCUGCCCUAUGAUGUCACUGAGGACUCGAUCAAAGACUUCUUCCGCGGCUUGGCAAUCAGUGCAGUGCGUCUUCCUCGAGAGCCCAGUAACCCCGAGAGGCUGAAAGGCUUUGGUUAUGCUGAAUUUGAUGACGUAGAAUCCCUCCUCAGGGCUCUCAGUCUCAGUGAGGAGAACCUGGGAAACCGCCGGAUUCGUGUGGAUAUUGCAGACCAGUCAAAUGAUAAAGAAAGAGACAGUGGCUCCAUGGGUGGCAGAGACAGAGGUGGACGAAUGGCUGACAUGGGUCCUGACAAGACAGACAGUGAUUGGAGAGCUCGACCAAGUGCAGAUGCUGAUGAUGGACCUCCCAGGAGAGAUGAUGCCUUUGGAGAGAGAUCACGGGACCGUUACGAGUCCGAUCGUUACAGAGAUGGGCAGCGGUGGGAGAGUGAUCGUUAUGAUGGAGGCAGAGAUCGCUACCGGGAUCGCUACGACGACAGGGAUCGCAGGGAUCGCUACGACGACAGGGAUCGCAGGGAUCGCUACGACGACAGGGACCGCAAGGACUACGAUAGAGGAGGUUAUGACUCUCGUGGUGGUGGAGGAGGUCGUCGUGCCUUUGGUAGUGGCUUCCGCCGUGAUUACGAUGACAGUCGGGGUAGCAAUGAACGGUAUGGGGACCGGGAUCGUUACGGGGACCGGGAUGAGAGGCGUGAGGAGAGAGCUCCUCAGCAAAGACCCAAGUUGAACCUGAAGCCUCGUAGUGUACCUAAAGAGGAGGAAGGCACCGGCAGCGGUGGCACUUCACCCGCUGCCGUUUCAAGCUCCAGCAGCAGGGCCUCGUCUAUCUUUGGUGGAGCAAAACCAGUUGACACAGCAGCAAAGGAGAGGGAGGUGGAGGAGAGGCUGAAGAAAGAGGAAGAGAGGCUGCAGAGGCAGCUGGAGGAGGAUAAAGGCAGGGGACCCGACAGAAAGAUGAGGGACAGGGACCCAAGCUGGCGCAAUGAGGAAUCUCACACUGAGCGAUCCCGCACAGGAAGUGAGUCUUCACAGCAAGGAAGCACUUCUGGAAGAGGGUCACGGUGUCGAGAUAGCGAGCGCUCUGGGGAGAAUGAGGUUUUCAGUGGGGUAGAAGGCAGCGCCUCUUCCCCUGGGUCCUCAUCACGGCCCCCCUCCACCAGCUCCUCUAAAGAGCCAUUGAAGGUGAUGCCUGCACCUCCUCCCAAGGAGAAUGCGUGGGCCAAGAGAAGUGCAGCCAACACAGGCUCCAGUGAGGGCGAUGGGCGUGGUCCAGUCUCCCCGGUCUCCCCGAGCGGUUCAGCUCCUCCCAAGUUCAGUUCCUCAAGUUCUGCAGAUGAAAGAGGAUCUGGAAAGGAUGAGAACAAGGCUGAUGGUGUGCGUCGGGACCGGGGGCCCCCGCGGGCAAGAGGGGGGCCUGCAGGGCCUGGAGCUGGGCGGGGCCGAGGAGAGGGGCCCAACAGAGACCGAAGGAAGGAGUCAGACAGAAAGGACAGCAGAAGAGACCGAGACUCCAGACCAGCUCCAGAGCCAAAGAAAUACGAAGAGACCCCAACCCCCAAAUUCAGCUCAGCCAGUAAAUACGCCGCUUUGUUAAUGGAUGGAGACCAAGGAGACGACGCAGAUGAUGUCGAGUAGAGAAAAAAAACUCGACAGAAGAGAGGAGAAAGCGACGAAUGCAGGAAAAAAAAUUCUCACAUAGCGUAUGGAAAAUAAAAAAAAUUAAAAAUCUCCUCACGUGGAUGUGGCUCCUGGGGGGGGUUGGGGGGGAGUGAGACAUCACUCACUCCCUGCUUUCCUCCUUCAAACCUGUCCUUUAAUUUCAAACCAUUCACCCAUCCUCCUUUCCCUGCCCCACCUGUGGGACUCUUCGGGUUCUCAAGAAUAGUCACAUACUGGACUUGUUUUAAAUGGAAAAGAGGAAUAGAUCACAUGGAAACGUGAUGGAUAACAUUGAAUUAAUUGUAAUAAAUAAAUGGAAAAUGUGGGGAAAAAAUGAAUUUUGUAUGUUUGUGGAUCACAGGGGUGGUAAGGUGGCCUCUAAUGACAGAAGACGGAGCUUAUAGAGUUUUUUUUUUUUUUCCCCUGAUUGAAUUUUUAGACGGGCAUAACUUCAUUACAACACCCCUUGUAUACAUCAUUAAAUGAUUUGGUGUUAUGGAA